UUAUUAUAUGUUGCAUCUGUUUUAUGGUGGAGAUGGAAGCGGUAUAUAUUACAUCACGUUGACAUCGCGUGCACAAGAGACGGUUCAAUUGCUUAUCAGAAUCCGCAUACAGACGUAACUUUCGCAGUAGAUAUUUUCUCUCUGUUGAAGAUGUUAACGUCAAGUAUACAUUUUUCGUAUAUGUUUUUUCUGUUAUUUUUUGUGACAAGGAUAGUGCAUAGCAACAAAUUCUGUUCUUGUGAUCAACCAGAUUCAGAUUUCGCGACUGAUGUCAACUUCAUCUAUUAUAAAUGCAAUAAUGAAACACCUGCAACGAUCGCUUAUCCCGUUACAGCGCCGCAAGAUUUAAUGGAAGUGUUAGAAGAUAAGCGUGUAAUCUUUUAUAUUUUUGGAUAUAUGCAAUUUCCGGAAGAUCCAGGUGUUCAAUAUAUAAUGGAAGCGCUUUGUUAUGAAAGAACGGACAACAUCAUAUUACUUGACUGGAGCAAAUAUUCCAAUGGCAGCUACCAGACUGUUUUUAAAAAUGCCGAAAUAGUGGGAAGUUUGUUCGCUCAAGGUAUACGGCUGCUUGUGGAUAGCGGGCUCGACGUGUCGAAGAUUUACAUCAUCGGACACUCCUUGGGUGCUCAUAUAUCCGGCUUUGCUGGCAAAUGCAAUGACUUCGUGAUACCUCGCAUUACAGGAUUGGAUCCCGCGAAUCCUAUGUUUUAUCCUUUUGGAUGCUAUCUAACGGCUGCAGACGCGGCAUGGGUUGACGUUAUUCAUACAGAUAGAGGCAUUUAUGGCAUCACUACCGCUAUGGGAACAGCCGAUUUUUAUGCAAACGGUGGCGUUCGUCCUCAACCUGGUUGCAAACUUAUCAAUCCAAUAUUAAGUAAAGACGAUUUCUGCAGUCAUCAAAGAUCAGUCACAUUGUACGCAGUGUCAAAGCGUCAGCCAAAAGAAUUUAUCGCGGUACAGUGUUCUACUUAUUUACGUUAUAUGUUGACUAACUGCACAAAUAAUUUAAAUACUACCAUUGGAUAUACGGCGUCGAAUGUACAUGGAUCAUUUUAUUUCUCUACAGGAAUUGUAGAGGAAUGAUAUAACGCAAGCCGAUUAUUACAUUUGUCUUUACAAUUGUAUAAUGGUGAUAACACGAUAACAUAUAAAAAUUAUCCUGCAUAGAAUAUCCAAGGCUAAUUGAGUUACUUUUUUUAGAGAGUUAACUUUUUAGAGAGAUAACAUUUUUUUAUUUUUUUUUUAAUUUUUUUAUAGUAUAAUUUAAUCUGUCUUUUUAAUGAAUCUUAAUAUACUCGUAUUUGUAAGAAACUACAUAUAUAGCGACAAAAAUAUUCUUUUUUUUUAAACAUUGGAAAUUUACGAUAAAUAAUAAUUUUUUUAAUAUCUUUUUAUAAAAAUCUACAUAUUGAAUCCAGGUCGUUUAAAGAAUCUAUAAAUAAAUAAAUAAAAGAUAUAUUUUGUUGAAAGUCUUUGAUAUUCUAGAUAUAUAUAAUAUUUUAAAUGUUUUAUUGAAAAAGUUGCUGUAAAUGUUACAAGUAUAUCUUUACUAAUUUGCGUAUUCUUGACAGGUUCAAUAAUAAAUUUUCCGCAUUUUCAGCAUCUAAAAAAUACUGUGCCGUCAAAUUUAAUUUUAUAUAAUAAGCUUAUAAAUUCUAAGAUUAUCUAACUAUUUUAAAGAAAAAUAUGAUAAAUAUUUCAAACUAAUUU